AUGAGCAAGAAUUCUACACAUAAAAAUUUAUCAGAUAUAGAAAAAGAAUUAAUAAAAACUAAAGAUUGGCGGUACAAAGGUGAGGUAGAUAAAUUUAAAAGACCAGUUAACUCUUUGUUAACAGAAAAAGAUAUCAACUAUGAUGUUGCAGAAAAAUUAGAACCAAUAUCUAACAAGCAGAAUAUAGAAAUUAUGAAAAUGACACUUCAAAGACUUAGAGAAGGCACUUUUGAUAAUUACGAUUUUACUGUUACACAAAUAGAAGAAGAAGAACUUGAAUACAAUGAAGAAGAGAAUAAAGAUGUAGUAGAGCUAUACAAUGAAAUAGAAAGUGAUUUGCUAAAAAUAAGUGAUUUUGGUAGCUUUGGAUUUAUGCCAGACACAGAAGUAAAAAGUUUUUUGAAGGCAGAAGUAAAACAAGAUAAGAAGCGUAAAAAUGUUAAAUCAUUAGAAAAUAUAAAAAAUGUCACUGUACUUAAAUAA